AUGUAUCGGCUAUGGUGGCUGACUUCAUUCGUCCAAGUUGUUCUUUCACCAGUUGUGCCAGAUCAACCAGCGGACAACGUACAGGGAUUUGCUCCGGCUCCACUUGAACCUCAUCCCUUCCAUGGGUUGCAACCGAUUGCCGCCACUGACGAAUGUAAACAGGAUGUGGAAUUCUAUUGCUCCCGGCAUACCAGCUCCGAUUGGUCCACCAUUGAAUGCUUGCAGAAGGAUGAGAAAACGCUUAAUGAAGUUAGCGAUAGGUGCCAAAAUCUCAUCUGGCAGCGGAAGCAUAUCCUAACACAGAAAGGUUCAUUCGAAAAAGAUCUGCACCCAAAAUGUCUCGCGGAGUUCAACAAUAUAUCCGAAUGUCGCGAAUUGAACGAAUCUGCGUUUUACGUUCCUUGCCUAGUCGAGCACAAACCACAGAUUAAACAGAAACUCUGUGUGUCCUAUCUCAAUCGAGCAGCUGCAUUUAUUUUCGCCGAUUACCGCCUUUUGUAUCAUUUCAUCAACUCGUGUGGUGAUGAUAUCCUUCGCUUUGAAUGCGGUCGCAUUGACAUCGGACCGUCUUCACCACAGACAGAGCUGGAACAUCUCGCAGUGAAGAGCCAAGGCAAGACCAUCCACUGUCUUAGGGCUCGUGUUGAAAAACUACAAAAGCAAUGCCGUAUGCAAAUAUUUCGUAUUGCGGAGCUGCAAGCGGACGACUAUCAUCUAGACAGACCUCUGUACUAUGCAUGCAGAGAGGAUCGAGAACGAUUUUGUCACUCGGUGGAAGCUGGAGAUGGUCUCGUCUACGCUUGUUUGAAAGAAAACAAAUACAACCCGCAUAUGUCCGCCGGCUGUCGGAAAAGAAUCAGUGAACGACAACAGCUGGUUGCUUUCGACGCUUUCGUUGAUUAUCGGUUAACGAAGGCUUGUGCAUCUGAUAUCAAAUCGGCCAAUUGCCAACCGAGCGGACAGCAGCAUCCUGACUUGGGUGCAUCACAAAUUAUGCUCUGUCUUGAGGCGGUUGAAAAACCACAGUUUGAACGCAUUGACACGGUGUCCCGGCUUCAACCUGAAUGCCGAGGUGAAUUACUCAAGCUGAGGCGAGAGAUGCUGGAUGAUUAUCGACUUUCCCCAGAUCUGCUUCUCCAUUGCAAUUCGACAAUUGAGCAGUAUUGCGCAUCGAAAAAACACGGUCGUGGCGCUGUGCUCCAUUGCUUACUUCACACUAUGCGAAGUUACUCCAUCAAUCGCCCUCCAAUAGAAUGCGAACGUGCCAUUCAUUCUGUUCUCAAAGCUACCAACGUGGAAGAGAAUGUCAUUCUGGACCCAGUCAUCGACCGUGCGUGUCGUCCGAUGCUGACCACCAAAUGCGCCGGCUUGGAGGACAAGGGGCAUGGAGCUCUGUUCGAGUGUCUGUCUGCCAAUCCGUCUCAUCCCAGUAUGACCAACGCGUGCCGCAAACACAUUCUCGAGUUAUUCUACUUUGUCUCUCGUGAUGUGACUCUUGAUGAUCAUCUACACAGGGCUUGCGCUGAUGACAGCAUCCGGUUGUGUAAUUUACCCCGUAUAACAUGGAAGAACUACGAGAGACCGGACGCACAUCUGUUGACAUGCUUGUACAACCACCGGCGCCCUUCGCUCGAUGGCCGUGCUCCACCGACGAUUAAUAUGUCCAACAUGAUCUCACGGAGCUGUCAAGUCGAAGUACUACGCGUGGUACAUCUUCGUGCUGCCAGCGUUUCUCUGGAUCCCCGCGUAUUCGAAGUGUGCCUGGCAGAUUUGGCAUCUUGUGAUGACGAGGAUCUCGAGUAUGACGAUUCCGGGGAGGAUGAUGAUGAAGAUGACGAAGAGGAGGAAGACUACCCGGAGGACUCCGAGUUCGAUUUCGGAAAACUUCGUCGACUUCCAUCAAGGCGAAAAGGUCAUGCAAGGGUUCAACGCAAGGGCAGUAGUGGCUUGGCCUGUCUACAAGAUCAUCUUGAUACAUUGCAGCCUCCUUGUUACGCGGCCGUCGUCGAAGUCAGUGCGGAAGCACAAGAGGAUCCGAGUCUUGACAGGCUGAUGGCUGAGGCAUGUCAACCAGCACAGGCAAAGCUCUGCCCCGACUCCAAUCACCCAGAGAACGUACUUCAGUGUCUCAUACACCACAAGAACCACCCGAACAUGGACAGUGCUUGUCGUGCUGCUGUAGAGCACAUGCAAAUUGUUGCUCUCAAGAACAUCCGUAUCUCAACACAUUUCCACCGUAGUUGCCAGUCGGAUGCUCAGAAAUAUUGCGCUUCCGAAAUUUCCCGUGGCACCUCAGCUGUCGUGGUGUGUUUAAGUGCGCAGUUGACCGCCUAUCGCAUACUUGGUGCUUCGAACUCCGACGCCGAGGUGCCAGGAUCAAAUCCACUGACUCCACCGCUAUCCGCUGCAUGUCACGAGGAGCUUGUCAAUCAGCUGUACGCACGUAGCGAGUCCAUCCGGUUGGACCCAGAGUUGGCUGAGGCUUGCGACUCGGAUCGUAAACAGUUUUGUGCACACAUAGCAGAAGGCGAUGCCAGGAUACUCGAAUGCUUACACGAACACCGGGAGCAAUUGUCUUCCUUCUGCCAUCGGAAACUGUUCGAACGCGACGAAUUGAUGGCUUUGGAGAACAGAGCGGACUACCCUCUCUACAAAGCAUGCGGUCAAAUGAUCAAUGUGUACUGCGCUCCUGUGAUGCAGAAGUUGCUCGACACAGAUGACCUGCAUCACCAAAUCAAACAGCAGCAUAUGGUCGUGGAAUGUCUGACUGAUGCAAUGCACCGAGUCCAGUCCAAGGGUACUUUUGAUCAGCCAUGUCGCGAGCACCUUGUGCAAAUAUUGGAGCUACGUGUUAAGGACUACCGAUUGGAUCCGGAGCUCCAGCAGGCUUGUCGAUCUGAUAUUGCACACUAUUGCCACAAAGAGGCCGAAGCCACACUCCGCGCUCCCUACGAACAAACCGGACCGGUGUUUCACUGUCUGCGCAGACACCUUAGUGAACGCCUUCAAGAAGACCAAAUGCUCACUCCCAAAUGCUAUGCUCGGGUUCGCUUGGUGGGCUCACUUGGUAUGAAAACGACCGUUGUAUCCAGAGCACGCUAUUCCAGCUCGAACCAUUUCGACAUGGUUCCCAGAGCUGCAGCUGCUUUUCAGCUGUGCUCGUCCGGGCUUCGUUCCACAUGGGCCAUCGUUUCGGACCCUAAUUAUAGUCAAAUUGUCUCACUGACCAGUUAG